UGUCGUGGUCGUCUGCUGCUGCCGUUCUCGUCUAGCGAGCCCACGGGGUACUUUACUCGGCUCGGUUCGGCUUCGCCGCAAGACAAAAAAACAGCGCGUGUGCUUCACCCUGGCGGCCGGUUUCUGGAUCAGGCUCAUCGCGUCGUCUGCUUCUGGGAGUGUGUUGUGCGUCGUCUGCUCGGCAUCGCGCGGCUCUCACGAGUAGGGGACCCCGUCCGACCCACACGGAGGGUUGGAGAAAAGUACAAAAAAACAAAAGAAAUUGUUCAUGUCUCGGCGUGCUUACGAAGCGCAAUGUACUCGUUGUCGGCUUGGAGAAGAAGGCCGGUUGACGUAGUACUAAUCGUCGACGUGACGUGCCAAGAAAGUUGUCGGCGUCCCGGAGUACCCCGGCCGGCGCGCUGUUGUACCCGACCCCUGCGCGAUCGGCGCUGUUGAUCUGAUCGCCGCUUCCAAUCUUCGAAAGACGUCAAGGCAAACCGACACAACCUUUGCGUGAGGUCGUGCGAUCGGUCUAGAGGACGCUUGUCCUCCGGACUACAGCACUACAGAGACGACGACGACGACUUGGUGUAGUUUCUUUUUUGGCUUGUGCCAGUGCUUCGAUGACCUUCGACAAGGCCUUUCCACUCCCAGCUGUGCGGGGCUCGUUUUAAUACCUAAAACUUGUCUCCGCGUGUUGUCGCUUCGCCAAUUUCUGCUGCGUUUUUUUUUUGUUCGUUCAACGCCGUCAUGAAGAUUCGGAUUGCUACGGAGUGUUCGCUACCACCUUGUCUCGUGUGGAACAUGUGCAGGAUUGCUGCCGUCCGAAGCCGCUCAGAGAUGUCAGAUGAGCGGCAAGCGCACUCGGAGCUUUAAGAUCGCCGUGCACCGCCGAGACGAGCGCGACAUCUGGCAGCAGACGCGGACGGGAGCGGGCAACUACUGCCAGCGACACGGCAGCGUCAGCGCUGCCACCACUCCGGGAAGGGGAUACUACGGCUGCGGUUCGUCUUCGUCGGCGGCCGACGACGAGGAAGACCCGUGGCGCCGCCCUGGCGCCGUGUCGAGAGGAGCCGACGGCUCUGUGUUCCGCACCAUGGUGCGCGCCAUUGCCACAGAGUUCCUGCCGGACGGCAGGGACCGCAAGUACUACGCCGACCACUACAGCUGCAGGCCGCCCCCGCUCUUCGUGUUCGUCGUCACGCUCAUCGAGCUUGGCUUCUUCACCUAUUACACGGUGAUCACGGGCGCCGUCACUCCGACGGGUCCGGUGCCCAUCGACAGUUUCUUCAUCUACCGGCCCGACAAGCGGCUACAAGUAUGGCGAUUCGUCUUCUACAUGGUACUGCACGCAGGGUGGAUCCACCUGCUGUUCAACCUGCUCGUCCAGAUGUUGGUGGGCCUCCCCCUGGAGAUGGUACACGGAUCCCUGCGCAUCGGCACCGUCUACAUGGCCGGUGUGCUCGCAGGUUCUCUAGGCACGUCAGUGUUCGACACAGAUGUGUACCUCGUCGGCGCCUCGGGUGGUGUCUACGCGUUGCUAGCGGCACACCUAGCCAACGUGCUAUUGAAUUACAACCAGAUGCAGUUCGGUCUCGUGAGGCUGGUGGGCGUGUUUCUGAUUGCAUCCGCCGACGUGGGCUUCGCGGUCUACGACCGGUACGCCGCCGAGCCUCACGGGCCGCCGGUAUCGUACGUGGCGCACCUGACCGGCGCGCUAGCGGGCCUCACCAUUGGCCUACUGGUUCUCAAGAACUUCGAGCAGAAACUUCACGAACACUUGUUGUGGUGGGUGGCGCUGGGCGUGUACGCUGCCUGCACUCUCUUCGCCGUGCUCUUCAACAUCUUCAACUACUGAGCGACGAGUGAAGACUGUGUGUUUUUUUUAGCAUCGUGAGCUGUGAGACACCUUGUGCGGAACAACUCCGACAGUAGUGCAGUGUGUGUGCGCUCGUCCAAUACUGUGACACAUCACGUCAACAGCCUACGAUGGGCUUAAGCGAUGUGAGCAUGGAGCUAUACAGCGAAAAAAAACUAUGUUAUACAGCUGAAAGCACGGAUGCCUUGGGACAAGUGGCAGCCUACUUUUACCUGAGAAAGCUGAAAACAUUCAGAAUGAGUGCAAUGCUGCAGUGUCACCUGCCCGAGUUCGUCAGUCAAUGACAGGUCAGCCUUUUGGACCGACGACUUUAGGACGUGAUGUCACUGCUUGAGGCAAGUGGGCGACCCGCAGACGAAACCAAAGAAAUUUGAUGAAUCGCAGCAAAUACUGUUUUUUCAGCAGACGAUGUUCGAGCGACUCAUGCGAAGGAGAAAGUAGAAACGGAAAAUGCAUCAUGCUGCCACUUCCAGAAGUUCUUCUGUGCACAGACUGUUGAACAGAAACAAAAGUUGCAUGUCGUUGACCACAUCGUGGUUUGUGAACUAUAAUCAAAGCAUUGUGCAACUUGAGGUACAUGUUUAUAAUCGAUGAUACAACGUCAAACAAUUUCCAAAAGCGUCGAGUAUGUCGAACGGGCCUCCUCCAAAAUGCCAUUGAGGCAGAAUUUUUCUCUUUUUUUUUUAAACGAGAAGCUCCAAACCAAAGAGUCGAAUGAACUGUUUCUACCCACGUUUCCGGAGGCCUCGAGCCUACAGUUUCCAGUGGGUUCUGCCAACCCACGUAUACACGGCAGCAUGGCACCACCACCACUGAAUGCAACUGCACACACUGCCGCACUAGUAGCUAGUGGCACUAGUGACAGACUGUUUUCAGAGCACUAGCGAACCGAAUCAUACGAGCCUGGGAGUUCUAAGUGCGAGCCCACUGCCAAGCGAAAACAAUAUACUGCCACGCGUCUGAUCAAUGCAGCCGAUAUCCUGCCACAAAAAAUAUUUGAAGCAAAAAAAAAGGUAAUCAUCGUACAAGUGCGUGUUGCACCUCCUCAGGGAUUUGAUGGAGACCUUCUUUAUGGACAGGCAACUAACGAGAAAGCAGUGGGGACUUUUGUUUUACGAUACUCCGAAGUGUGUGUGUGUGUGUGACUGCAGUGUUUCAGUUCUGCAAAUAGAACAAAACAAUAUGAACAGUUGCUGAGAGUGUCUAAAUGUCGAACAACCUUGAAAGAACAGGACUACUUCAUCGGAUUGAUUGGUUAGUCCUCAAUAUUCACUUGUAAAAGAGCAAAUCACUGCAAGCAAAAACUUUGUGAACUUUGACGAACCCUCUUGACAUCCUGCCCACAAUUCUGGACUGGCCUACACCUCUCUAUGUGUGUGUUUUGGACUUCCUGUCUUGCCAGACUGGAAGACUGUGUUUCAAAUUGCUUUGCGUGGCUUUCAUGUACAGCAUGGUAUAUUUUUCUUCGUAAGCUCACAAAAGAAGAUAGCCUAUAUUUCCUUGAGCUGUGCUAGAUGUCAGAUGGUGAGAAUAUAUUUAUUUAGACUGCGUGCCCAGAUGUAUCUAUAGACCUUUUAUGACCUCAAUGUCGCUUAUAUUCCAGACUGUAGUUUAUAGAAGCAGGAAAAAAAAGUGUUUUAGAAGUGGAGUCUUGUGUAUACUUUAUUUAUUUAUAAUUUUGGUGCUACGCUAUUUUUUCCUCCAAGUGCUAUUUUGGAAUGCUCUCUGCGGGUGUAUAGAUGCAAGUGUUUCGAUUGCAGAUUUAAAUUGAUUUCACUGUUCUUUUCGACGUAAACAGUUGUACACGACGUUAUAAUCGGGUGUGAACUUAUCAUCUUACAUAAUAGUGCUGCAAUGUCACAGCCCCAAACUCGUUUGGUAACGCGAACAAGUUUACAUUGCCAUUCUAACAAAUAUCAAUAGCGCACAACCAUGAGACAAGCCACACCAACUUCUGCACAUC